AUGACACGGUCUAUAUACAGAACACCUUGGUCUACUGUUAAAGCAGUAACUUUUCCUCCACGUAGACUUUUUCAAAACUCUGGUGCAAGUCGUCGUGGAAGUGUAGUCGGCGCUUUGUCUCACCUUAUGGGUAAAGCUUCUAGUAUAACAAGUAGAAACAGCAGAAUAGAGUUCCCUUUCACUUUAACCGAUCAAGAAAACUUACGAGUAGCUGUACAAGAAGAAACGAAACAAACUACACAACUUCCUAAAACAGAGUCAAUACAAGAAAAUAAUGACCGUUUACCACCUCUUCGAAAAAAAGAAAGUAAAAAAUUUUUAUUGAGUUUCAGUAAUAUUACGAAUAGUAAUAAUAACAAAAAUUCCGGUACAAGUACUCCAAAGAAAAAACAAAAAAGUUCUACUCCAGCGGUAUACGUAAUAACAAUUGAAGAUAAAUCUCAAUUGUUAUGCAUUUAUAGACAAAUUACAGAUUUUAUUGAAUUUGACCAACAAAUUCGUCAAGAAUUUCCCAAAUCUCGACCCACAUUACCAACAUUAGAUGAUCGAAGAAAAUCAUUUCUUUUACCCAAGCAUUUCUUUUUCCGUAAAACGACUGCGGAAAAACUUGAAAGUUACUUACGAAAAGUUUUAACCGAUAGUAAUUUGAAAAAUUUACCCAGCUUACGAGAAUUUUUGAGUGUAAAAACUGAAAAGGAUUAUAUAAGAUGGAAAAAUGGUGCUCUCAAUAAACAAAUACUUGAAAAUAGUCCACCUGACAGUUGGAUUCAAGCUGCCAUGAGACCAAUUUCACAACAAAUCAAAUCAACGAUAGAUGAUUAUGAGUUAAUCAAAGUUCUUGGUAAAGGAUGUAUGGGCAAGGUAUUUCUAUCGCGUGAGAAAACCACCAACAAACUAUAUGCACUCAAGGCUAUUUCCAAAGAAUGGGUAGUUUUUCGUCAAGAAAUCGAACACACCAAAACAGAACGAGAUAUUCUUGCAGCAGUUGCCACAAUUACUCAUCCAUUCAUAAUCCGACUACGUGAAUCUUUCCAGGAUAGUAAUCGAUUGUUUUUAGUAUUGGAUUAUUAUCCCGGAGGAGAUAUUGCCACACAAUUAGCAAAAUGGCACAAAUUUGAUGAAGAGAGAUGUCUUUUCUAUGCUGCGGAAAUAAUAUUAGGAAUUGAAGAAUUACAUCGCUUGGGUAUUGUUUAUCGUGACCUAAAACCAGAAAAUAUUCUUAUAGGUCGAGAUGGUCACAUAGUACUUACUGAUUUUGGAUUAUCAAAACAAUUUAAACCAUCGUGGCAAAAAACAAAUACUUUCUGUGGAACUGCUGAAUAUUUGGCACCCGAAAUAAUACGAGCAGAAGAUUAUAGUUAUCCAGUGGAUUGGUGGAGUUUGGGAACUUUGUUAUAUGAAAUGAUGACAGGAAUCACACCGUUUUGGGCAGAGGAUCAAAAUCGAAUGUAUCAUAGAGUAUUAGAAGAUGAAUUAGAAUUCCCAGAAGGAAUGUCACCAGAAGCGAUGAGUUUAUUACAAGGGUUAUUACAACGUGAUCCGCGAAAUCGUCUUGGAUGCGGUUCCGGAGGAUCCUUAGAAAUAAAAACACAUCCAUAUUUUAGUUGCGUUGAUUGGGAUGAUGUUUUUCAUAAACGAAUAUAUGCGUCUUAUAUUCCAACUAUUGAACAUUCAACCGAUCUUCAAAACUUUGAUGAUACAUUUGUUAGUAUGUCACCUAGAUUAUCUACACCUAGACAAGAAGUUCCUAUAAAUAUGCAACAAUAUUUUGGUGGUUAUUCAUUCUCCGGGAAACAUCCACCGUUAAGAUCACAAACCUCAUCCUAUAUAAGAUCAAAAAGUAUCACUAGUUCUAUGGCUGGAAUUCCAUCUCAUGGUAGUCAAUCAUCAACCACUUUAUCAGGAUACGAUCAAUACGACGAAUAUGAUUAUAAUGAAAUAUUAUAUAGUCGAGGAAUUGAUAUUGCCAAUAAUAAUAACAGACAUUCACGAUGUGAUGAUAUAAGCGAAUUUGAAUUGGAUCAUUAUUCUAAACGUCACACCAUUAUGAUUGGAGAAACCAACAAAUUUCGAAAUAAUCUUUCCAUGAUUUCACAGUUUGUAAUGGAUGAAACUCUCAUGAACAAUUCAUCAGCAUCAUCUUCAGCCACAAAGUUAGAACGAAGGGGUGCUUUAUCUAAUAUAUAUAAUAAUUAUUCGUGA